AUGGCGCCGACGACAGUCACACAAGAAAAUCGUGGAAAACCUCGCGCCGCGUCGACCGUGGCCAUCAAGGCUCUAAAUCCACCACCGCACCCCAAGAACCAUUCGUUUCAGCACGUUCAAUGCUGUGUUCUUCUCCAUGGUGCCGAAAGUCACACAGGCAAAUCGUCGAAAACCUUGCGCGCAGAGGUCUACCGUAGCCAUCGAGGCUCUAAAUCCACCAGUGACCCCCACAAAAGCAUCCUCAAGCACUUGCCGACGCCAGUGAACCCCUAUCAAACUUGCACCAGGCAGCAGAAAUUCACUAGAUCGAGGUUUAGGGUUUUUGAUAAACUUACCAAACAACGAGAUUUCAAUGAAAAGAAGCGGGGAGCUGAACUUUGA